ACAAUGACUGGGUGAAUUCCCAGUGUACUGUUUUGGUUUUAGUAACCAUACGUUCAGCCAGGGGGACGCGUUUUUUAUUUCUUUGUUUCUUUUUAUCUUUGCCACUGAAGAAUGUACCCUCUGGAUGGUGGUUACGCUGAAAGCAUGGAGAGGGGAACGCCACAAAGGAAAACCGUUUACCGAAUCUCUCUCACCCUGGUGAAAAAGGAGAGCUUGCAGGAAUUAGGUGGGGGCAGCAACAACGCUGUGCACCGGCGCCUGGAGAACCCCAAAGUGGGCGCUUUCCGGCACGAGGCCACCCCGGAGAUUCAGAGGAGCUGCCUGCUGGAGGAGCUGAAGGAGGUGGAGGACGAGACGGAUGAGUACUCCGCGCGGAACUCCAUGAGGAAUUUCAGGACGUUUAGCACGGGGCAGCUGGAACUGGGUCGGCUUAAAAUCUCCAGAAAGACGCACCACUUCCACAAAGACCUCUCGUUCGAAUUAAAGGACACCUGCACAGGUAACUCGACGGGACAGCGGGAGGGGGAAGAGGAUGGCAGCUCGGGGCUGUGUGUAAACAUGGUGGCGUCUGUGAACAUUACCCCACAGAAUAAAAGGAACGCACAGGGGUUGCCCUGUAGACAGGAAAACAGAGACAUUGAGAGGCUCAAAAGGGAUAUUUGCAGCGGUGAAAUGCGGGAAACACAGAAAACCGCUGCUGUCAGGGGAGGAAGCGUGUGCACUAAAGGGAACAGGGACCACGAGAUUUCCGGAAGCACUAAGGACCACAAUUCUGUGUGUACAGGUGAGACUCACGCGGAGAGGGAGGGAAGGAGCUCGCGAGGUGGCAGCGAGGCGCCAAGCGACAGCCUCCCCUCUCCCCCCGCCGUGAGCUCCCCGUCGCUCACCCCGAAAGGGAGCAGCAAGGCAGGUAAGGCCCUCCCCCAGACCCCGCCGCUGAAAAGGCACCCCAGCCUCCUGCGGCGGAGCUUCAGCUUCCGGCACUGGAGCGGGGGCGAGCUGCUCCGUCUCAGGGCGCUGUCCAAAGAGAAGCACCACAGCAGCUCCAGCUGCAUCGGCCAGGGCAGCGAGGCCAAGGCGCCGGCGGCUGCCGUCGUGCUGCAGAACCCGGCCUUUGGGGAGCCAGCGCUCGAGGGCAAGCGCAACACGCUGGACAUGGGCGAGGUGCUCGACCAGGCCGACCCGCUGCGGGAGCUGAGCCGCGCCGACCGGGCCAAGGGCCGCAACCGCACCCUGGACAACAGCGACCUGCACCGGAUUUCGGAGAAGAGCCCGGAGGAGCGGGAGCGGCUGCUGAGGGGCGGCGGCCGGGGCGGGGCGGGGGAGGGCCGCCUGCUGCGCUUCUUCAGUGGGAUCUUCUCCAAGAAGGACGCCGCCUCCACACCCGUCGCCAACGCCUCGCUCCGCCAGAGCUCCAAGCGGGGCUUCCUCGGCUCCCAGAAGCGGGGCGCCCUGGGGUGCUCCCAGUCCAGCACGGAGAGCGUGAACAGGGCUCCGCUCGAGGAUGCCUUCGUCAACAGCCAGGAAUGGACCAUGAGCCGCUCGGUCCCGGAGCUCAAAGUGGGCAUUGUGGGUAAUCUGGCCAGUGGGAAGUCAGCGUUGGUGCACAGGUACCUGACUGGAACAUAUGUGCAGGAGGAGUCCCCUGAAGCUGACGUGGACGCAGGAGGGCGCUUUAAGAAGGAGAUCGUGGUGGAUGGACAGAGCUACCUCCUGCUCAUCAGGGAUGAAGGGGGCCCUCCAGAGGCCCAGUUCGCCCUGUGGGUGGACGCGGUCAUCUUCGUCUUCAGCCUGGAGGACGAGAUCAGCUUCCAGACCGUCUACCACUACUACAGCCGCAUGGCCAACUACCGCAACACCGCCGACGUGCCACUGGUGCUGGUGGGAACGCAAGAUGCCAUCAGCGCCAACAACCCCCGGGUGAUCGACGACACGCGGGCGCGCAAGCUCUCCAACGACCUGAAGCGCUGCACCUACUACGAGACCUGUGCCACCUACGGGCUGAACGUGGAGCGGGUCUUCCAGGACGUGGCCCAGAAGAUCGUAGCAACCCGGAAGAAGCAGCAGCUUUCCAUUGGCCCGUGCAAGUCCCUCCCCAACUCCCCCAGCCACUCGUCCGUGUGCUCCGCCCCUGUGUCUGCAGUGCACAUCAGCCAGACCAGUAAUGGUGGGGGCAGUCUGAGUGACUACUCGUCGUCAGUUCCCUCCACCCCCAGCACCAGCCAGAAGGAGCUACGCAUGGAGGUCCCUCAGACCACCAACACCCCCACCCCCGUCCGCAAGCAGUCCAAGCGCCGCUCCAACCUCUUCACUUCUCGGAAAGGGAACGAGCCCGACAAGGAGAAGAAAGGGCUGGAGGUGCGGGCGGACAGCAUCGGGAGCGGCCGCGCGAUCCCAAUUAAACAGGGGAUGCUACUGAAGAGGAGUGGGAAGUCUCUGAAUAAGGAGUGGAAGAAGAAGUACGUUACGCUGUGUGAUAACGGCGUGCUCACCUACCACCCCAGCCUGCACGACUACAUGCAGAACAUCCAUGGCAAGGAGAUUGACCUGCUUCGCACCACCGUCAAGGUCCCAGGGAAGAGGCCUCCGAGAGCCGUGUCCACCUGCUCCGCUGUCUCCAGCCCCAAAACCAAUGGCCUCACAAAGGACAUGAGCAACCUGCAGCUGGGCCAGAAUGCAGGCUCAGUGAGCAGCAGCUCCUCUGCCUCGCAGAUGGCCAGUGGGAUCAGCCUGGUGUCCUUUAACAGCCGGCCGGACGGCAUGCACCAGCGCUCUUACUCUGUGUCCAGUGCUGACCAGUGGAGCGAGGCCACUGUCAUCGCCAACUCUGGCAUCAGCACAGACACGGGUCUUGGGGAGUCGCUGUGCUCCAGCCCCAGUAUCUCCGGCACCACCAGCCCCAAGGUGGACCCCCCGCCCUCCCCCCACGCCAACCGCAAGAAGCACCGGCGGAAGAAGAGCACCAGCAACUUCAAGGCGGACGGCAGCUCUGGUACUGCGGAAGCCAAGCGCAAAGCGUGGAAACUAAACCGUGUUGGUAGCCUGCGCAACAUAUACAACAGCAGUGCCAACACCGAAGAACAAGAGGAGAACUUUGAGUUCAUCAUCGUGUCGCUGACGGGCCAGACGUGGCACUUCGAGGCGACGUCGUACGAGGAGAGGGAUGCCUGGGUACAGGCCAUCGAGAGCCAGAUCCUGGCCAGCCUGCAGUCCUGUGAGAGCAGCAAGAACAAGUCCCGCCUCACCAGCCAGACAGAGGCAAUUGCCCUCCAGUCUAUCAGAAACCUGCGGGGGAACUCCCACUGUGUGGACUGCGAGGCCCAGAAUCCCGAUUGGGCCAGCCUGAACCUGGGCGCACUGAUCUGCAUCGAAUGCUCGGGGAUCCACCGUAACCUGGGCACGCAUCUGUCCCGCGUGCGCUCGCUGGACCUGGACGAGUGGCCCCUGGAGCUCAUCAAGGUCAUGUCCUCCAUCGGCAACGAGCUGGCCAACAGCGUGUGGGAGGGCAACGCGCAAGGCCGCAUCAAGCCCGCGCCGGACGCCAGCAGGGAGGAGCGGGAGCGCUGGAUCCGGGCGAAGUACGAGCAGAAGCUGUUCCUGGCGGGGCUGACGUGUGUGGACCUGCCCCUGGGCCAGCAGCUGCUGCGGGCCACGGCGGAGGAGGACCUGAGGACCGUGGUGCUGCUGCUGGCCCACGGCUCGAGGGACGAGGUCAACGAGACCUGCGGCGAGGGAGACGGCCGCACCGCCCUGCACCUGGCCUGCCGCAAGGGCAACGUGGUCCUCACCCAGCUCCUCAUCUGGUACGGCGUGGACCUGAUGGGCCGGGACGCCCACGGCAACACGGCGCUGGCGUAUGCGCGGCAGGCCAACAGCCAGGACUGCGUGGACGUGCUGCUCCAGUACGGCUGCCCCGACGAGCGCUUCGCCCUCAUGGCCACGCCCAACCUCGCCCGCAAGAACAACAACCGCAACAACAGCUGCAGCAGCACGGGCAGCGGGGUCGGCAGGAUGCCCACCAUCAUCUGACCCGUGCCUCACCCCCCGUCCCCGGCCCCCUCCCCUCACCACCCCCCCUCGCUCAACAGUGCUGCCCCCUCAUGGAGACCUCCGGCACUGCGCUCCCAGACUCCUCGGUCUUCCUCCCCCGCGGGAUCGCCCUGGAACAAGCGGCGGCGUUCCCCGCGAGUUUGUGAGACAAACCGAACCGAAACACUGAGCGAUGCCGGAGUGAAAGGAGAAGAGCGCCACACGGAGGCGUCGGAACCACUACGCAAGGGGGCCCCUCCGAGGGCCCGGAAGAGCCACUCUUGACUCGCGCUGAGAAUGACCGGCAUUCUGGCUUAGGGUGGUAGCCGUUGAUUUACGCCCCGACCCGGCUCGGCUGGGCUGGGGGGACAGAACCCUCACUGCACGUCUCAGGGCUAUGCUCCAUAUCAUGAGACAUUUUGGGAGAAACCUUGCCUCGCCCCCACACACCCCCUCCCCCGUCCCUUCGACCUUUCGAUGCCUGCUCCUGGGUCCUGUUCAGCAGAAAGGGGGAGGUGUCAGUUGGACACACCCCGUGCAGUGUGUCCCCGCCUCACGGCCAGUGAAAUUCUGCCUGGCAGCAUGACGUCAGAAGGCUGUGGGCAGAGAGGUUUGGGUGGGUGGGGCAGGGAUCUGGGGGCGAAGUUGUGUGGCAGUAAAGAUCAGUCUAAAGUGGCAGUUCAUCAGGGGCAAACUGCCAGUGAAGGAGGAGCUGAAUGCAUGGUGUGUGCCACACCCCCUCCUAACCCCAGACUCCUCCCACUCAGCACUCCCUCAUGCCCCACCCCCCCAGCUUUACAGAGCACUCACCUGUGUAUUCACCUAAAGGAGCACUACAUCCAGGGGGCGGGGCCAGUAGAAGUGACUUUUGGAUUGAUGAAUAGUGUCACAAGUAGCAUGUAGGAAGAGGUGCUGUUUUGAAAAGAUGUGGCCAGGGGAACCGCACUGGACCAUUCCCGACCAGACUCUACGUCCACACUCUCUCUCUUUAGCUAUCACCUUUGCCUCCUCCUCUUUGCCUUGGUUUUCCAGUGCAUUCAAUUUUCUUUCUCUCACCUCAAAAAAAAAACAUAAAAGGAAAAAAAAAGCAGUGUUUUCACUCACCAUGUUGAUAUCCAUUACUGUACGCCACUUUUCCUUUGUACUGUUUCAGGCUUUUCAUUUCUAGGCAUGUGAAAAAUAUCUUGAUGUAAAACAUUUUAGGAAAAAACUAUUAGGUAUUUCUUAGUAAAAGUAUAAAUGCAUGACCGUCACUUUCUUUUGAAAUGGAAACAAGAGAUCCUUCAUUGUGUCAGAACCCUGUCUUUCAGUCAUCACUGGACCAACGGAUAAGUUCUGAGAGAACCAGAGCGCACUAUGCGGAACCACUUAAUAGCUUCUCGUUAAAUUAUUGCUGGGUUCAGGGACCGGAGACCGUUGUCAUUAACCUGUGAGCUCCGUCAACCAAAAAGCCACAUUUCCACCUCUAUUCCAGAGCACAUCACACAUUCCUCCACAGACAGUCCACAGCAAUUCAUCAUGACCAUCCUGCUUGAAAUUAGUAUUUUUUUAUAAUAGUAACCAUUUUGAUGUUGGUUUUGGAUUUGUUCUUUUUUUAAAACUUGUCACCAUAUAUUCCACCAUAAAAUAUCAAAUGCUUCUGUAGAAAGACAUGGUUCCUUUACUGAUCAUAUGUAGCUUUUAUGAUUGAAGGUGAAGGCAGACCAUGGCUGGAAGCAGUGUGAAUCAGUCCAAUGGAAUUGAAAUGGCUGUGUCAUAAAUGAUGUUGUCUUUUAAUUGGAAUAGGAACACUAAUAUGAAUAAUGUAUUGUUUUCCCAGAGAAAGUGCGUCCACUAAGAACAAACCCAAACAUUCAGUGACUGAAGUUCUUUAUUGGGCUUUCUGAUUGUAUGCCGUAGAGAAACAUCUUCCAGUGAAAAUAGCCUUUUGCUUGAAGUCUUAUUGAAACUCCUGUAAACCAAAGCACAUGCAUGGAGAAUCAGAGAUAAUUGGCUGUUGGCAGUGCUGUGCUAGCGUAUGCAUGAAUGUCCUGCUAAGGCACACUUCCCUUAAUGAAAGGGAAAGCGGAGUACUGAGACUCACCAUGGCCAUAGCUUUAGUUUGAUUUAGUUUCUGCGAGGUGGUCAGGAAUUCCAGUACCGUCUCUGGCACUCUGUGGGAAUGUCUUUUUAGUCCUAAAAUGCUUUUCCAGUUUUACAGUCUCUGACUCCUGAAUCUCUCACUUUCAACUAUCAACAAGAAGGGCUUCUCUGGUUCUGGUAUCCCAGUCUGUAAAUAAGUUUGUUUUUUUUUUUUGUUGUCAUUUUUUUGUACAUUUUUUGGU